GGCACACAGUCACGAAGUGUUUAGUCUUCUGCCGACCUACCGGCCGACAAGUUGAACAUAUUCUGCCAAAAAAAACAUGGCCUCCUCUUUGCGAGAGCCUUCAGUGCUGCCCUUGUUGAAGAUUCUUUUUUCGCUAUCUGUGAUUCUCAUCAUGACCGAUGCAUCAACACCAAAGAUCGGUGAUAAACGUGUCGGAUUCAAGAAGAAUGUCAACAUCGCCAGACAAUGGACGUGCAAGAAUCCUCAACCUCGUUUAGUUUACGUCGGACAAAUGGAAGAUUACGCUGCCCCCAAUGUGGUUUACCUGCCGUCGGCUUUGUUAGUUCACCGUUGCGAUGAUUCGGCCGGUUGUUGUCUGACACCUGGACAGACGUGCUCGUCGGUGGAGCAUCUCGAGGAGCUGGUCAGUUUCGUGGUGCACGCCGUCGUGUCUAGCGACGCUCACGGUCCCCACCACCAGCACGCCAGUCACGGCAUCAAAAAGAGGGAGAAGAAGGUGACGGUGUCGAUUAACAAUCACACGCAAUGCGAGUGCGUUGGGCGCAAUAACCUGCGCGCACGGAGGUCUUCCUUCGUUCACCGCAUCGGCGUGAACGCGCACUAACAAUUUAUAUUCAUGGCUAUAAUAUUACAUAUAGAAAAAUGGAAUCAAAAAGAGGAAUUAUUUCUCAUAUAAUAUGCCUCGAUGAAGUUCUGACCUCGGUGGAUGCUCACUAAAACCACAACGACCAAUGCACCCAAUUUUGUUUCUAUCGGCUUAUUUAGUUGAUUGCUGAGACGCGAAACUGAUUUUUAACACGAUGGAAUUGAUGACUCACAUGUUGCCCCGUAAGUUAACCAUUUAUACGCGACGAUUGCCCUUGAACGACAAAGAAAUACACACGAAAUUUUGUUUGCAAAGUGAA